AAUCUCUGCAUAACGUCUCAGUAUGGUGGGUAUUAAUAUAAAAAUGACACUUUACCUUUCUGUUUUCCCCCUAGUAAAGCAGAAUCAGAAAAUCAGCAAAAAUCAGUGUCAGAGAGAGAGAGACUGAGACGCACACACACACACACACACACACAAUGACUCCGCCCCCUUCGUCUUUAUUCAGUGCUCCUCAGCCUGAAGGACAGAGAGAAAGAAUCACAGACCAGGACACCAGGAGGAGAGACGGGCCGAACACACCGAAUCAUGGCCACAGCAGACACGAGACCGCAGCACAUCCUUCCGUCCGAUCCCCGCGCACCGAGCCUCAUAUCACGGAUCACCGGCACCAGAACCGAGCUGACUGACACCACGGCGGAUCCGCGGCCAGAAUGAGGGUGAUUUACGUCCAGAACGCCGGCGUGGUCGCUGCUUUCUCGCCUGAGAUUUUCUGCGGUAGAUUGAAACAAAGGAAUAACGGAGAAAUCAUGAUCGAACGCGCCACGGGAAAGAGAACACGUCAUAACGGAGUAGGAUACGUCAUAAUGGUAUAGAACGCGUCAUAAUAGAAUAGUGCACAAUAGAUACAUUGUCGUUCUAAUUGUGAAUGAUACAUUGUAGCAGUUUAUAAGUGCCAUAAAACCACAUGGCACGUGUUCAUUAGUUUCUUUUUAAUAAUAUGCCUUUUUAGUCCGUUCAUAGCCCUGUUUUAUCGUUCAUAAUUAGACUGGGAUUAUUAUUUUCUUUUAGAUAGCCUACCAUAGCCGGCUAUAGGUAGAAUAGAUAGACACCUCAUUAAAAGAUGAGUCAUUAUUGACAAUCAUAAAUUAGUUUAUAUGUUAACAUAAUAAACCUUUGCAUUGUAAUUUAUUUAUUUAUUUAUAUGCUAAUUAGUUAUAUUAAUUAGGUCUUAUAUUAUCAAUAUUUCAAAGCAUUUAGUCAAGAUAUUUAAACAUAGAGGGAGGUGUAAAAUAUCAUCCUCCCACGUGAUGGAGACACAAAGGCCAGGUGACCCACCGGGCCCCUCAGUGGUGGUGGAGGCCCCUGAGGGCCCCGGUGAGGUCAAACGCAGCAGUUCUGGUGUGAAGAAACAUCAUCACAAACACAACCUAAAGCAUCGCUACGAGCUGCUGGAGACCCUGGGGAGAGGAACGUACGGCAAAGUCAAGAAGGCCAUCGAGCGCCAUUCUGGAAGAGAGGUUGCCAUCAAGUCUAUCAGGAAGGAGAAGAUUAAAGAUGAACAGGACAUGGUCCAUAUUCGACGAGAAAUCGAGAUCAUGUCGUCCCUUCGCCACCCACAUAUCAUCUCUAUAUAUGAAGUGUUUGAAAAUAAGGACAAGAUAGUGAUCGUCAUGGAAUACGCCAGUAAAGGUGAACUCUAUGACUACAUCAGCGAACGCAGACGCCUGACUGAGAGAGAAACCCGACACUUCUUCAGGCAGAUUGUCUCUGCUGUGCACUACUGCCACAAGAAUGGUGUUGUUCACCGGGACCUGAAACUGGAAAAUGUGCUACUGGAUGAAAACUGUAACAUAAAGAUUGCUGAUUUUGGUCUGUCCAACCUGUAUCAUAAAGACAAGCUCCUCCAGACCUUCUGUGGUAGUCCACUUUACGCAUCCCCAGAGAUCGUCAAUGGCAGACCGUACCGUGGUCCAGAGGUGGACAGCUGGGCUCUGGGGGUGUUGCUGUAUACGCUGGUCUAUGGCAGCAUGCCAUUCGAUGGAGGGGACCACAAAAAUCUCAUUCGACAAAUCAGCAAUGGAGAGUAUCGUGAACCAUCCCAGUCAUCAGAUGCUCGUGGUCUUAUUCGCUGGAUGCUGAUGGUCAACCCUGAGCGGCGAGCCACGGUGGAAGACAUCGCCAAUCACUGGUGGGUAAACUGGGGUUGGAAGACCAGUGUGUGUGACUGUGAAUCACAAAGGGAUGCUGGCUCGCCCAUGCUGGCUCGUCUCAUUGACUGGCAGAACCGGACCGAACCUCGACCCACUAAAGCCAUCCGGUCUGAGCCAUUCCUGCUUGUCCGUCAACGGCCCAAAAAGUCCAAGAAAGAGAAUGAUGUCGGUGUGUCCCACUGUAAUGGAGAGGACAGCCUGGGCCUCAAGAGACCAAAGGGCAUCCUGAAGACAAGAACCUCUGAAGAGCAACGCUCUCCAAGUCUGGAAGAAAUAGAAUCCAGUGUGGGAACCCCAGAGAAAGAAUCUGGGCCUGAAGGUGAAGAGGGCGAGGAGGAGCAGGGGCUAACAGGCAACUCUCCUACCAAGGCGGUCUCUAUCCUUCCAAAGAAGGGAAUCCUAAAAAACAACCAACAACGGGAAUCAGGGUACUAUUCUUCCCCAGAGCGCAGCGAGUCCUCUGACCUGCUAGGUGGCAAUAUUACACCUCUUGCCGCCAGCUCACCACCAAAGCGAGCGGUUGGUAGAAAGGGGAUCUUGAAGCGCAACGGGAAGUAUUCUACGUACAGCGGCGCUCCUCCUUUGAGUGUCCUUGGGGAACCAGCACCUGGCGAUUCUGGUUUAUCGCGCAGUCAGAGUCGCCCAUCUAGUAUUGUAAGGGAGGAUAGUGACACCAUCACCAACAGUUCCUUCAGCGGCACUGACUGGCCCCACCCAGAGCGCCCCAACAUCAGAGGCUGCGUGUCUGCAGAAAACCUUCUCCAGCUGGCCAACUUUAAAGGUCUCCAGGCAGCUCCUCCCCUACAUAGUGGGAAAUUCAGCCGAGGAACGCAGGGCUCUCCAGGGGAUAACAGCAGCUUCUCUCUACUAGGAGAUCUUGAUGAUAUGACUCAGGUGUACCAACAAGCCCUGGACAUCAGCAACAACGUGUCAUAGGGAUGGGGGCCAGUUGAGAGGGGCCUAGAAAGAAAGAAGGUGGAGCAAGUGGAAGGUGUUUGUUUGGCAUGUUGUUGACGACCAGUGCAAAACUGGGAUUCUAUGAAUGUGAGUCCUUUUUCAAUGGGAUGAUGUUGGAGGUUGUACACAACCAAACCUUAACUCCUAACCCUUAACCCUAAUCCUACCCUAUCCUACUUUACCUUUACCCAACCCAAUCUUAUACACAGUUAAAAUUUGUAUCAAAUACAACUUGGGGAACUACAGCCUAGGGGGAAUUUAAGGGUUUGAAGUAAGUAACAUUUAAGUUGGUACUCUGGGACAUUUCUCCCCCUACAGGCAAGAAAUAAAAUUAAAUGUUUACAUAUUAAGUAUAAGGUGAGUUAGUAUCACAGUAAGGCAUCAUGUAACGGCAGCCUUGAUGAAACAAAAAUAAGAGCCAACCUGAGUUUAUCAAGCACCUUAAAACUCUCACAGAGCACACGUCGUUUGUGAUCUUUACUUCCAAAAAAGAAACCAGGGUCUUGCUCCAAAUGAACUGUUGUUGUGUAUUAUUUAUUAAUAUUUUUUGUAGAUUUAGUGAUACAAAACUGGUGUGGUCUGGCAGUACUGGAAGAAUAAGAAACUGAAAUCUCUCGUUGUCCUUGAUUGGAACUGACAUAUAUAAUUGUUAUUUUACUUUCUUGGUUAUUGUGAUAUGUCAUUUAAACUGCAUAUGUAACGAUCAAACUCAUAUUGAUCCUAUGAGUCGAAUCAUAUCUAUGGAAUUAUAGAAGUGCCUUUUUGUUUGUUUGUUUUAAAUAUUUUAAUUCAUAUUAAAUUAUGUAUGUCAUUUCCUUAAGGUGGAGAGAGAUGCCAGAGGAAGCUGUCAUCAGAUGAACAGCGUUUUAUUAUUUUAAUUUUAUUAUUUUAUUUUAGAGUUUGUAUUGAAUGCUUAGAAGAGCCCCAGGACCUCUGAGCAGAAAGCCUACCCUACAGAGAUUUCAAGGUUAAGUUUGCCCCACUACCGACGAGAGGCCAGUGCUUUACACUGCAUUAUUCAAGGAGAAUAGUCAGUCCAUGAUUACCUUGAAAGGAAGUUUAUUUUCAGAAACUGCUGGCUAAUUCAAGGUUCCAACAUGCCGAAUUGGUUGUUUUUGAUUGAGUCCUGACAGGAACACGUGUGUGCGCCAUGUGUUUCUCUGGAAUGGUACUCUUGUGGUUUCUUGAUUGGGUUAGGUGACUGUUUAGAGUUCUGGACACCUUCACCUUAACAAGGUUUAACUCAAGGUAGAAAUAUCAGACACAAUCUCAGCUCCAAAGAAUGUUCAGGCGGAGACAUGCUUGUUUGACUAUUUCCAAAGGUUCUGGACUGUAGGAACAUUGUCCCUCCUGGUGUUUAUCUGUUGAUGCUUAGGGAUUAUAAUUCCUCAGCUCUAAGAAUAACGGAUUAUUGGUUCUCUGCUGAACUUUGAUGUCCAAAACACUCCCGUUAGAGCUUAAAAAAAAACAAAAAACAAGUAGACCUAUUAGUUUCAAAGCAGUGAUGAGGCAGCAAAUUCCAAAGGCUCUUUAGAGGCAUGUUUGGACUAGAUCUUAACACCAUGACCCAGAGAGUUCCCUGUGUCGUAUGUUUAAUGGGACAGAAGCUUUAUUGUUUCAGGAUCUUUAGUCCUUUGUUUGUUGUCUACCUGCAGAAUUUCAAGUGCAAUUUUAGUUUUAAGGCUGAUGUCUAAAUGUUUUUAGAAGGUAAGUGUGAAGUAGCUGUAGUAGAAGGAGAGGUUUUAACAAGGUGUUUAUGUUCAUGAACGUAUUUAUGGAUGGAGGAUACUUUUCCAGUAAGAGGGACACAUUGAAUUAUUCACUGGAAAGGAUGACGUAGCUUUAUAUUUUGCUGCAUGUGAAGAAGGACUAGUGUAAGUGUAGAAAUAGUGAGAUGAAGAAAGUAGAUGAAAAGAUAAGGGAAGUAUUUUGUACCAAAGAAGGCGCUUAUGGUAGAAUGUCAGAAUGUCAGAGUAAAGUGAUGCUAAGUUAGCUAAUUGACUAGUAGCAUUAAUAGAAAACAUUUUUGCACCAAAAAUUUCAACAGAAACCGAUCUUGGGAGGCAUUUCGUUCAAAGGAGGUCCUGGGUAGAUAUUAUAGACACACCUAAUGUGUAUCGUAUCAUACUGCAUUUCUGUAUUGCAUUGUAUUGUCAACUGGAUUCAGUGAUCAAAUUAUACUAUGUUAGUAUUUUUAUGUUAUUGCGCUUCUGUUUUUGAUUCUCCAAAAUAUUAUUAUUGAUUUACCUUACAGAAGAACGUUGUGCGUAUAAUCAACGAUCUCUCCUGGUCUCUACAGGUUUUCAAGUGUAGACAUGCAGUGCUAAUGCUAAUGUCUAGCAUUCGCAUAAACAGUCGAUCAAUCACAACUACUGCAGUUUCAUCAGGGUCAUUUGAUGUAUGUCAGAAAUGUCAAAAGCCGCCUCACAGAUCUGACCCAAUAUUUGGUGUCACAAUAUUCACUAUCAACCUUAUUUGUCUUAAUACUUUAGGACGAAGUUGAGCAUCUACCCAAAUGUGCCAUUGCUAACCAUAGUGCCAUCGCAAGUGAGAUUAACAGAGGCGGCCAUUGCGAAUCAAAUUCAAACAUGCUUUCAGCCAAACUGGAAAUACCUGGUGCAUAGUAGUCAGAAUCAGCAUAAAAGAAAACUUGACUGGAUAUUGUUUAUUGACAGUACUGAAAUGGUAGUAUUAUUAUGUUAUUUAUGCAUUAUUUUAUUCUAAUUAAUUACUUUUGUUGGUCAAUGCCAUAAUCUUUUUUUGGGGGUUUGGUAUCAGUUUGAGAAACAAGGACUGCCAAGGUAUUUUUCGUUCAGUGCCUUUGCUAUCUUUUAUGAUUUUUGUUUAAUUUUUUGAUAAUAAAAUUAUUACAAUUGCAUUUUUAUACUCUAUUUAUUGGUGGUGAAGCCAUUUCAUUUAACAGCAGUCAUACAAAGUGUGCAUGUGUGAGUGUGUGUCUAGACACAAACAAACACUGAAAGACAACUGGAAGAACAAAAUAACAGAGAGAUGGUGCAUUGCGGUUGUGUGGUUGUGUUGUAAAGCUUUGGUUGUGUAUUCAGCUGCUUUGGUUGUUGUUAAGUAGAGAUAUCUCGCUAACCAGCAGUGUUUUGUACCACAAAACCAAAUCUGUGUAAAACCAACUCAAUAAACGAAUCAUUUCAAAGGAG